AUGAACAACCUGUUUAACCGCAACAAGACCUUCCGACCGCAAAAGAGCCACAGCCACGGCACCAAGCGCUACGACCUGCACAAACAUGCACAAGCCACGCUGGGAAAUGGUGAUAUGAGGAAUGCUGUUGCGCUGCCUGAAGGAGAAGACUUGAACGAGUGGCUCGCUGUCCACACGGUGGACUUCUUCAACGAGAUCAGCAUUGUGUACGGCACAAUCCUCGAGUUUUGCACGUGUGAGUCUUGCCCCGAGAUGCGUGCUGGCCCCAAAUUUGAGUAUCUGUGGAAGGAUAACAAGGAGUACAAAACCCCCGCCAAACUCGCGGCACCCGAGUACAUCGACAUGCUCAUGACGUGGGUGGAAGAAUUGCUGAGUGACGAGACGCUCUUCCCAACCCGUGAAGGAGUUCCCUACAGUCGUGGCUUCCAGUCCGUGGUGAAAAACAUCUUCCGUCGUCUCUUCCGAGUCUACGCACACGUGUACUACUCGCACUUUGACAAGAUCGUAAGUAUCGGCGCUGAAGCGCACCUCAACUCGUGUUUUAAACACUUCAUGGCCUUCGUCACGCAGUUCGACCUCGUCGACAAACGCGAACAAGAGCCACUCAACGACUUGAUCAAGAAACUCCUCAACUAG